AUGAUAAGGAUUCAUAAAAUUAUCUAUGAUAAUUUAUUGAAUGAGGAUAAAGGUACGAACACGAGGGAUAAGACUAGGCCAUGCACAAGAGCUGCAAACAUUGUUAAGGAAAAAUUUUUCAAAUGUUUACCGAUAGUUGGUGCUAUCCCGGGGGUAGAAAUAGGUGACAAGUUCAAUAAUAGGACUGAACUUUCCCUUAUAGGCCUUCAUUUGCCCAAACAACCUGGAAUUGCCUCUAAUUCCACUACAAACAAUAAAUGUGAGUUUAGGAUAUGUGUAUCAAUAGUUGCUAGCGAAAAUGAUUAUGAGAAUGACAUGAAAGACCCCAACUAUUUGGUCUAUUCUGGUCAUGGAGGAUUGAUAAAGAAGAAUAAGGGAGAAGGGAAGGAUCAAAAACUGAAAGGAGGCAACUUGACUUUGGCGAAUAGCAAAAUCCAAAAAAAUGAAGUUAGGGUGAUCCGUGGAAGAAUGGAGAAUGGGAAGAAUGUAUACAUAUACUAUGGGUUAUAUGUGGUAGAAGAUUGGUACAAAACUAGAGGGAAAUCUGGGAACUUGAUUUACAAGUUUUGCUUGAAAAGAAUUCCUGGACAGCCACCUAUACAAAAUGCCUAA